AUGGCACGUGAAGUCCCGGGAGCCUCUGCAGAGGAUGUGCCGAAUCUUCUGGAUGAACUUGAUGAGUCUCAGAAGAAUGAAGCAGUUGGCCGACUACUGAAGCUGGAGAACGAGGAAACCUGGAACGAGCUUCUCCACAGGUUUGCCUGCAAACGUGGCGUCGCGCGGCAAGUGACUUUCAGAUCUCUGACCGGAGAGGCUGUUGAGUUGACACUCCCGCCGAAGCACACCCUCUUUCACGCCAAGCAGGCUCUGUUGGACAAUGUGGCCACGAAGAUGCCAGCUCUGGAGGUUGGCUACCGCCGGGAUGCACGGUUCUUUGCUGGAAGCGAGCUCCUUGAAGAAACGAUGCUUGUGGCGAUGCUGCCUGACGAGGUCUGUGUGGUUUUCGAUCAAGUGAAGAAGCGGUUCCACGACUUCCCAGAAAGAAGCAACGAAAAUUUCUUUGGCGGUGGCGGCCUGUUCGGUUCGGACGAUGACGAUGACGAUUGA